UUGAACCAAAGCGGCAUCGGCGGCGGAGGCGGGGGUGGAGGCGGCUGCAGCCUGCAGGAGCAGCAACAUCAGCGAUAAUAUUAGGAUGGGAAGCAGUAAGAGGAAGCGGAAGCCUAUCGAUGCCUACAGUUGCCCUUCCAAUCAUGUUCAUCCUCCUCCAGUUUGCUAUGAAGGUGAAGGUCUCGCUCGUCUCCUCAAAUCCAUCCUCAGGGAGCUGCAAUCCGCAAGACAAGCCGACACAGCUUUGCCUUAUAGAAUAUGGAUCAAGCAACAAUUUUCAAUUGGGGUUAAUGAUGUCACACGUAUCCUCCAACGCAUGCCCCAAAUUUCUGUCAACAGAAGCAGCAACAGCAGCUCUCCUCCUGUCACCCGCAGUUGUGAACCUAGUAAAGCAAUAGCAGCCGCUCCCCAUGUUCAGCUUCAGGCCAUACUGGUAGCUUCUGAUUGUAGCCCACGAUGGUUGACAAGGCAUGUACCAAGCAUGGCCUCCUCAAGAAAGGUGCCUUUGAUCUUUGUUAAGCAUGAUAAAGGAGGUUCUCUAAGAUUAGGUGAACUGGUCAAGUUGAAAACCGCAAUUGCUAUUGGAGUUAAGGUUAAAGGUAAUACCAUCAAUCGGCUUAUUGAGGAGAUUCUUCAUGGCAAUGAAAUCAAUCUUGGAUAAGACAGCGAGAAUCAAUUCGAGAUGCCUGGCUUUUACCGUGUCCAUUAUCAUCUUUAUGCAGGAGACAAGGAUUAGCGGUAGAACCAAGCAAUAGAUUCGUGCAGCACUUAUCAUAUCAUAGUCCACCUGUAGGCCUUCUUAAAGAUAUUAUUUUCACCUGUUGUAAAGAGGGGACUGUCAUGCACUGGGAUGCCCUACUAUUUAGGCAAAUGCUCAAUUAGGGGGUCAGGGACAAAUUUAAUGCUCAUAUGGACUUCUGUUUAGGCCACUGUUUAGGCAAACGCUCCCUUGUGAGUUGUUUGUUUUGUUAAAUAUAUAAUUUCUUAAAAAUUAUUA